AGCAGAGGCGGGUCACUGAGGUUUAGGUGAUGCACAGGGACUCAUGUGGAGGGUGCUAACGAUUUUUAAACUUUUUGGUGACCGUGUCAGGGCUGCAUGACCAGAGGAGAUUUAAGUCACCACCGGCAGUCUGUCCACGCCGCUGCAAGUCAUAAUGGCAGAGUGAAGAUGGGGGACUGGAACUUCCUCGGGGGGAUUUUGGAGGAGGUGCAUAUCCAUUCCACUAUGGUAGGCAAGAUCUGGCUCACCAUCCUGUUCAUCUUCCGUAUGCUGGUCCUCGGGGUGGCAGCCGAGGACGUGUGGAACGACGAGCAGGCUGACUUCAUAUGCAACACCGAGCAGCCCGGGUGCAGAAAUGUGUGCUACGACCACGCUUUCCCAAUCUCCCUCAUCCGCUACUGGGUGCUGCAGGUCAUCUUUGUGUCUUCUCCCUCACUGGUUUACAUGGGCCACGCUCUCUACAGGCUGCGGGCACUGGAGAAGGCACGGCAGAAGAAGAAGGCUCUGCUGCGGAGGGAGCUGGAGUUGGUGGACGUGGAGCUGGCAGAAGCCAGGAAGAGGAUUGAGCGGGAGAUGAAGCAGCUCGAUCAGGGGAAGCUCAACAAAGCUCCUCUGAGGGGCUCUCUGCUGCGUACCUACGUGGCUCACGUUGUCACUCGCUCUGUUGUUGAGGUGGCCUUCAUGACAGGCCAGUACCUGCUUUAUGGCUUUCACCUCUACCCGCUCUACAAGUGUGAGCGGGAUCCUUGUCCCAAUGCUGUGGACUGCUAUGUCUCCAGACCGACGGAGAAAAGUGUCUUCAUGGUGUUCAUGCAGUGCAUCGCUGGAAUUUCUCUCUUCCUGAACAUCUUGGAGAUCAUGCAUCUGAGUUACAAGAAGAUUAAGAAGGGCAUCUUGGACUUCUACCCUCACUUGAGAGAUGAGAAAGAUGAACUUGAUGAUUACUAUGUCAACAAGUGUAAAAAAGAAUCUGUUGUGCAAAUUUGCACCAGCGUACCCCGAAAGGCAACAAUCGCUUCUGCACCCAGUGACUACAACCUCUUACUGGACAGGGUGCAGGGCACAAUCAUGUACCCAAACCUCAUCAAACCUUCAACUUUUCUACCGCUUCAGAGCGAGCUGCCCACUCAGCACGAUUUGGAUGACUCCAGAUGUUCAGUUCAAAGCCCCCCACAUUCUAACUGCACCUUGACUACAAACGAGCCCUGCUCUCCGUGCUGCGACUCCCUGAUUAACCCAAAGCAGGAGGCUGAGGACUUUUUGCAUCUUCCCCCGCACAGUAAAGAGAAUGGGGGCAAUGAAAGAAUGAGCCCAGACUCUCCAAAAUGCCCACAGAAGGCAGUGGACACUUCCUCCUUCCCCACGCUGCCAGUGAGUGCAUCAAGGAGGCCUUGGAGAGCCCAGGGCUCUUUGAAAUGCUCCACGGUGUUGGAGGGCAAAAGCUCUGACACGGAUUCAUACGGGGGUGCGAAAGCCAGCAGUGGACCUCCCAUCACUCGAACACAGUCGAAAUCAGACGGCAAACAUCAAAGCCGGCCGUCCACCCCGGAGUCACUGGAUGACUCCAGCUCAGAAUCCAGGCACGCCAGACCCCCUUCAUCCAACUGCAGAGCAUCAGUGGCAAGUAAUGCGAGCAGCAGACGAGCGGCAGACCUGCAAAUUUAAACCUCAGACACAAAGUGUGUUCUUACAGCAAUUCAUGUUACAGGUGUACUGAUCUUACUGUCAUAUCUACAUUUAAAGGUAUACUUUGCAAGUUUUUCCAAAAAAUACAAUGUAUAGACUCUCAAACAUCACUAAUGACCCACUAGAAGUGUGUGGCGGUGUAUUUAUCUACAGAGACUCUGGCCCCUGUCUGUAUUUUCUUAUUUUGCCGUGUUCGGGACGUUUCCUGGGCACAGCCUGUAGGUGAGGUUGGGACUUUAUAAGUAAAAGUAAAAGUAGUGCCAGACCAUAAACAGCAUGCAUCCAAGAGUAAGCUACGAAAAUCACGGAUACAGAAAUAUAGUGAGGUGAAACACCGAGCGGACAAAGCUGGGGUUGACUUUCACUUUCGCUGGUGAUACUUUUUUUUUUUUUUUUCCAAACAGUAGCUGACAAUUUCUGUAUAGUUUAACUUUAACUCAUGGAUUAAGCAGCACUCUAAGCUGCCUCCGAACUGAGAGUUUGCUAAUAUUGUGUUUUUGGUUUCAACUUUUGACACCUUUGUCUCAAUAAAAUGGCAUGAUUUAAAAACUUAUUGCAGUUUGACUAAUGAAAUUAACAUUUUUAAUUGUUUUUGGUGACAUAUUAUAAUGUAAGAAACAAGAGAGGACUUUGUACUGUAUAUUUUAUAUUCUUUUUCCACCUACUUUUGGAAUCAACUUGUUUUCUAUUGUGACUAACUGCAUGUACUGCUACCCAAUUAGCAUGACCUGUUUUAUGUUAACCAUAGUUAAUAUCUGAGCUCAUAGCUGCAUCAUGAUCUUGGUGGUCUAUAUACAAGAUUAGGUAGGCCUGCAUUGGGCCAAAUAUAGAUGAGAUGUCUCAAGUGGUAUUUUUCUUUGUAGUGUGUCAUUUAAAAAUGCCAGUAUCAUUUAAGCAGAAAAGAAAUGUCAAUAUGUUCUGGCUACUGCACUUGCUUUAACAUAACUUGCUUCAACACCUGUUCCAUUUUCUGCAUGCACAUUUACAUCUGAUUAUCAUGAUGACACUUCAAGAAGUCAUAUAGGCCUAGUUGGUAUAAUUUUGAAGGUGUUGUAUGAUCCCAGGUCAUCAAAUACCGACGCUUUGGGUCAGCUGUCAGAUUAAAUCACCAACCCAAAGUGGUGGUAUCUGACAACCUGGGAGUGAGACUCAACAAUCAACUAUCUUUCUCAUGACAAACAUGUACACUUAUGACGGGCCUUUUGCAAAUCGUCUCUCCCAUAGUAAUGUGAGCAUUUGCACAAAAUAACAUCCAGAUAUUUUUGUAAAGAUUUUUUGUCUCAAGUUUGCUGUUUAAUUUUAUCUCUGUAUUUUUAGGGCAUUACUGGGGGCAUUUAGUCGACACUCAUCUGUUUCCUGAGCAUAUCAAUAAGACGCUAACACUGCAGCACUGUCCUCACCAACACAAAUUGUUGGAUUACUGUCAUAGAAAACCAGAUGUGCUCUGGUCCCUAAAGCCUUUAUUCGUCUCUGUAUUGUUGUUAUAUCUGGUUUGCUUCCUGAGAAGUUUUUACCCUCAUUGUAGAAUGUUAAGUAAAGACGUAGCAGUGUUGACACACACAUCUGUAUCUGACCACAGUAUCAACAUCCUGAUAUUCCAAUAAAAAGCCUGAUUGAAACAUUUCUCU